GGGGGGACGGUGCAAACGGCGUGGCCGCCAUCUUGUUUGUACCCCCGCUUCGCGCGCGCUGUUCUCCGUGACGCACGCUUCCCCUCCCCUCCGCGGUGCCCAGGCCUCUGCAUUGCCCUACUCCGCAGGAGCGCUGGGCGGCUCCUGCUCUUCCUUGGACUCCUGAGCAGAGGGCUUUGCCGAAUCUCUGCAUAUGCCCACGAUGACCUCUCAUGUGAGAUCAACCAAGGUAUUUCUAGAAGAGAUCUCAUCUACCUGCUGCUCUGUGAGGUUCUGCUGUAGGUGAGCAGAGGCUCCAAGAAGUGAUUUGCCCAAGAUCAUAAACGUAUAGCAGUUGUCAAAAUGUCCACAGAAGGAGGAUUUGGUGGUACUAGCAGCAGUGAUGCUCAGCAAAGCCUACAGUCCUUCUGGCCUCGUGUCAUGGAAGAAAUCCGGAAUUUAACAGUGAAAGAUUUCCGAGUACAGGAACUCCCACUGGCUCGUAUUAAGAAGAUUAUGAAACUGGAUGAAGAUGUGAAGAUGAUCAGUGCAGAAGCCCCUGUGCUCUUUGCCAAGGCAGCCCAGAUUUUUAUCACAGAGUUGACUCUUCGAGCCUGGAUCCACACAGAGGAUAAUAAGCGCCGGACUCUACAGAGGAAUGAUAUCGCCAUGGCAAUUACAAAAUUUGAUCAGUUUGACUUUCUCAUCGAUAUUGUUCCAAGAGAUGAACUGAAACCUCCAAAGCGUCAGGAGGAGGUACGCCAAUCUGUGACUCCUGCUGAGCCCGUCCAGUACUACUUCACGCUGGCUCAGCAGCCCACCGCCGUCCAAGUCCAGGGGCAGCAGCAAGGCCAGCAGACCACCAGCUCCACAACCACCAUCCAGCCUGGGCAGAUCAUCAUUGCACAGCCUCAGCAAGGCCAGAGCACACCAGUGACCAUGCAGGUUGGAGAAGGUCAGCAGGUACAGAUUGUCCAGGCCCAGCCGCAGGGUCAAGCCCAGCAGGCCCAGAGCGGCACUGGACAGACUAUGCAGGUGAUGCAGCAGAUCAUCACAAACACAGGAGAGAUCCAGCAGAUCCCGGUGCAGCUGAAUGCCGGCCAGCUGCAGUAUAUUCGCUUAGCCCAGCCUGUAUCAGGCACCCAAGUUGUGCAGGGACAGAUCCAGACACUUGCCACCAAUGCUCAACAGAUCACACAGACAGAAGUCCAGCAAGGACAGCAGCAGUUCAGCCAGUUCACAGAUGGACAGAGGAACAGCGUGCAGCAAGCUCGAGGCUCUGAGCUAACGGGAGAGGCAGAGCCCAGAGAAGUGAAAGCCACAGGAAAUGCAACUCCCUGCACCUCUUCCCCGCCCACUACACACACACCCUCACACCGUGCUGGUGCCUCCUGUGUCUGCUGCUCCCACCCCCAGCAGAGCUCUACAUCCCCUCCUCCCUCCGACGCCUUGCAGUGGGUGGUGGUUGAGGUAUCUGGGGCCCCCAACCAACUCGAGGCCCAUAGGGAGCUGCAUGCCCCUCUCCCAGGGGUGACCUCACUCUCUCCUCUCCACCCCUCGCAGCAGCUCUACCAGAUCCAGCAAGUCACCAUGCCUGCCGGCCAGGACCUCGCCCAACCCAUGUUCAUCCAGUCAGCCAACCAGCCCUCCGACGGGCAGGCCCCCCAGGUGACCGGAGACUGAGGGCUUGAGCUGGCAAGGCCAAGGACACCCAACACAAUUUUUGCCAUAAAGCCCCAGGCAGUGGGCACAGCGUCCCUCCCCAGAGGACCCGGCCGACCUGAACGCCUCCCGCAGGCUAGGACACUGGUGCACUACGCCUCAUGCCUGGGGGCCAAGAUUCUCCAAAAGAAGGAUGCAAUAUUUUUUAUUUUCUUUUCCACUUUUUCUUCUCCAAGGAAUCAGUAUUUCAGUAUGCUGAGCUGUGUGUCCAAUGCUAUGAAAUGAAAAUAUUAAAUAACAUAUUUAUGGCAUUUUCUUGAA